CACUCUCAUUCCUAAAAUUCUAGCCCUAGUCUUUGGAUCUAGUGCAGACCAUGUCGUCACAAAAGAUAGCAACCGGUAUAUGCCAGGAUCGCCGUUGCGACAAGCUAGGUAAUCCGUCUCGCAAGGUGUGGUACUGCACAGCGUGCCGAAGCUGUCUGUGUGAUGACUGUUGGGAUUACUCUCCUAUCCACUCCGCUCCUGGUGCACCGAGACACGAGAAGUUAGCAUAUCUUCAAUAUCUCCGGUGCAAGCGACUGGAACAAAUAUUAGACCCUCCAAGAAACCAGAACGAACUGGAAAAACUGCAUGACCAGGACACAAAUACCACUUGGUUUGGAAUUGAUCGAUAUGAUGAUGGCCGACCCUUCCUUCAAGAUUUCGAGACAUUUUCUCAUCUGAUGGCGAAUAGUCCUGGAGCGGACCUAGUGAAAUAUCCACAACUAGUAUCAUUCGUGGGCGAAACAAGUGCUGGGAAAAGCACUUUAGUCAAGAUGCUUAUCGACCACGAGGAAUCAAAGAACGAUCCUAAUGCGGCUUCUUCCUUUCCGUCUCCCGUAACCGGAAGUCCGAUCAACGACACAACGCCGACGUCUGCAGAUGUCCAUCUCUACUCCGAUCCAGCCACUUGGGGAAACGAACGACCAAUGCUAUAUGCCGAUUGUGAGGGGCUUAAUGCGGGAGAGCGUGUCCCCAUGGGGGCACAUUGCAAAAGGAUUGUAAAAGGAGAUAAUUCUAGGCGGCUGGGUCUUCGGGUCCGCCCACUCGAAUGGGCAAACUCGGACGAGACCAAGACUCGUCAGUAUGCCGUUACUCAAACAUAUCCACGGCUUUUAUACACUUUCUCGGAUGUCGUGGUUUUCGUGCUUCGAAACCCAAAGACAUUUGAGCAUGCAGUAUUGACCAAGCUAUUCGAGUGGGCCUUUGCGUCAUUAGAGGCCAGUACCAAUCAGGGAACACUCCCCCAUGCGGUCAUUGCCAUAAACUUUACUGAUGUUCGCGUUGACUCUGGUUCAUGGAAUGUCCAGUACGCAACGAAUGCCUUAUUACAUGCUAACAAGCAUGUCCUGGAAUCUGUUACCGGGGUUCCCAAGUUGCAGAAACUCGCAGACAAGUGGAGAAGGAAGAAUAAACGCAUCCACAGUAUCCUAGACUUGAUCCAUUGCUACUAUGCCUCAUUCCAGGUUGUUCGCAUACCGGACGACAAGAACCUCUUUCUGUUGUCCAAGCAAGUGUCUCAACUUCACACAACGAUCGCUGACCGAUGUGAAAAGGCCUACUUGAGCAAAAAGCGAGCAAGGUUGCUCUCCUCUGCGGAAGAUUUCAGCUUCUAUAUUCAGCAGGCAUUCAAUCAUUUUUCCAGGAAAUUGGACCGACCCUUUGAUUUCAAGGUAUACUCCCUACGAAGAAAUCCAAUUCCGCAAAACCUGGGAGACUACAUCCUCCGUGUGGCCAUUGCCAUCCAAGAGAGUUCUCCACAUGAGACUGGGCAGUGGAUUUUCGAGAAACUUAGCUUCAUGGUUGCAUCUUGCUUCCUAUACGACUGCACAACCUUCCGUAAAGGCCAGCCCCAAGAUCUAUUCGGAGACUAUCUGCCGAAUUUCGAAAAUGCACUCAUAGAAUUCUGCAGUAUGCACUGGCCCUGCGAGUUCAGCAAUAAGAAAGGUCGCUGUGUGAAUGUCAGCAAACGCCAUGACACGAAAGGGCAUCAAAAUGCAAAAGGCAAAAUCAUCGCUGCGGGGAAGUACCAGUCAGAGUUCACUGCAGAUAAGUAUAAGGUUGUUUGGAUGAAUUCACUGAAGACGAGACUCGCCGAAUUGCAGGAGGAUUUGAAACGAGUGGAAGAGGCCGGUGAGGAAUUGGAGGACCCCCUCAUAUCGAUCCGGAAGCAGCACACGGAAAACAUCGCACGUUUCUUUUUGGACGUGGGUGGCGCGUCCCAUUUCUCGAGCCACGCGACGUGCCUUUGCUGUCUCAUGAAGUCUCCAGAACAUGCACUUCGAUGUGGGCACGUUCUCUGCUCGAACUGUAUAAAGUCAUUUGGGGUAGUAAAGAAAACUACCAUUGAAAUGCCCUUUUGCCCGCUACACCCUUUCGAGACCAUGUGGGCGCAGCCAUGGAAGAUUAGGAUGAAACCAGACUUCGCUGGCGUUCGUAUCUUAUCACUUGAUGGAGGCGGAAUUCGCGGAAUUGUAGAACUUGAAGUCCUCAACCAAAUUCAACGGAACCUGGGAGUGGAUAUACCUAUUCGGGCUUUUUUCGACCUUAUUGUUGGCACAAGUACGGGAGGGAUAAUAGCUCUUGCUUUAGGAGUGAAGCAGUGGCCUGUCGGUAAAUGCAUCGAACAGUUCAAACGCCUGUGCGACCAAGCGUUCACACCUCGCGAAUUCCAUGACAUUUGGGGGUUGCAGCAUCUAGCUACCGCUCACCACGGCAGUAUUUGGGAAACCACACCUUUGUACCAAGCUUUGCUAGAGUCUCUUGGUGACAGUUAUCUAUUUGGCGGCUGCCAAGAUAGCGAUGCGUCCUAUGCUGCCCGAGUUGCAGUCACAACAACCGAUGAAAUCGCUAGCAAAGGAGUAAUAAUCGCCAACUACUGCCGCAAAGGUGGCCAGCGCAACUACGAGUUUUUACGGCCCCACGAUCCGUAUUUUGAGAUGAAAAUGUGGGAAGCUGGUGCUGCCACUGCAGCUGCCGCCCCAUAUUUUAAACCAUUUGUCCAUCCAAGAACAAACGCAACUUAUCUCGAUGGCGCUUUUUUCAAUAACAACCCAGUAAGAGUUGGGCAUCUGGAACGCCGACUAUUGUGGCCCGAUGUUCAGAACCAGCCGCCUGAUCUAUUCCUGUCGAUCGGAACGUCACAAGACCAGAAGCAGGUUGACAAGGAGCUCAAAAUUAAAGAACUACCAAAACACGAAUUAAGCUCCAGCAACUCGAAUCCGGCAAACUUGAAAGCGUCCAGCAGGUGGAGAAGUUUUGCGGGGUUGUGGCAGGUGGGAAAAGCCGCGUUCAAUCGAUUCGAAGACGUGAUCAACUCUGAGCGCCAAUGGAGCGAGUUCAUGGAAGUAGCAAUUCAACAAAACAACAGUCGCGAAGAAGGGAGUCGAUAUAUCCGAAUUAACCCUGAUAUCGGACGUCAACCACCUCCACUGGAUGCCAAAGGGGAGGUAGAAAAAUUGCAAUCUGAUAUCUCCCGGACAAUGGUGAGCCAUGAAUCACAAUGUAAGGUUGAAGAGGUUGUGUUCCGCCUCGUGGCGAGCUCGUUCUAUUUCGACAAGGGCAAGGCUACAAGGAAUCGAACGGGAGGAACAGCCACGGUAUCUGGGAAAUUCCAGUGUCGUUUUGAGGAAUCAUCGGAAUGGCUCAAACAAUUGGGCCGCUUUUUUAGAAAGCAACAGCGUAUAGAUUUUCAACCGUACUUUGAUAUUUGGAAUGGUCUUCCACAACAUGCAAAACAAAAGGUUUCACUAACGGAGGCUGUGAUUGAGAGAAUGGCAAGUCAUGGGGAGUUCAAUAUCGGGGAGACGAACAUUAUGUCCACCGCAGACUGCAAGACCGACAUACGGCUUUAUUUUUUCGGGCCCUCGUCUAACGGCGUUCAAGGAUAUUCAAUUAGCGGAUUUCCUCGCGACUUCCUAUCCGAAGAUCAAUGGAUCACUAGAAAUUCUGACGGAAAUGAGGAAGAGCAAGAAAGUGACGAACAAAUUCAUGGUCUGAGCAGAUCACGAACAAGUCGGCGAAUAACCACUACCCACGACCAGGAACAGAGCGACAAAUGGAGGCUAUCGCAGCUAGGGAAAAAGCUGAGCAUUUCUCACAUUCGGAGCGUCUCGGACCAAAAUGUCAGCACACAAUUCCACGGCCUCAGCUCCGAAAACCGCCGAAAGUCAGACGAGGUAGUGCCAAAGUCCAGCGCCAGAGCCUCGGUAUUGAAAAGACCUUCAAGUAUGAGAGAAGCUAGACAUCAUCGGAAGAUUGAUACACAAAGCCGAACUAGCAACGACAGCUCUGAAAUCUUACCGGCUCCUCUAGGCAAUCGCUCCCGUCGAAAGACACCCUCUAUAAUUGUAAGCCCGACUGAUGUGGGUUAUCAAAGACCCUCGCUUUCAAGAUCUUCACACGUCUCGACUACCGCUCCGACACUUGGCGACUCGUCUGUGAACCCAGAUCCAUACCCACAAUUCCCUGACUCGACACACACCCAUACUAGCCAAUACGGGGGCAACUCAGAAUCAAAAACCCUAGGCUCCUCCCUUGGGCCUGAAGUCGUGGAGAACACUCCCUCAAUAAAUCGAUCUGACUUCAGCAGGAGCUCUUCUUCUGCUUCUAGAUACCGGUCUACCGGUCUGAGAGCAGGACAGGGCUCUUGGAGUCCUUCGACAAAUCCAUCGCAGCAGCCAACCACCAGACCCUAUUCUUUCAAUCUAGAUCCAACGCCGACCACGAACGAAGAAGCAUCCUACAAGGCUGUACCACCCAGUUCCUACGAGUCGUACUACUCCCCAGCCUCUGCAAAUCCACCCCCUAGCACCGCCCCUAGAUAUACCGACCAAUACUCGUCCUUCCAGAUCCCCCCACCUCAGAAUCCUUCGCAACAACCCGCGCCCACAUUUAGGGGCACCCCAAUACCUCAUACCAAUCCCUUUCAGCCACAUCCCUCGUCUUUUCCCAGUACAUCUAGAGUCAACGACUCCGUGAGUCGGAGCUCUAGCAGCUCGGGCAGGCUGACUCCUCAUGCCCUCAAUUCCGAUGAGAGAUUUGAGAUGGAACUGGAGUUGGCAAAGAAGGCGAGCUUAGCGGACUUGGGGAGAUAUUGAUAAAUGGCGGACCAUAGGAAUGGCUUGAAGAAUGUGACGAAGUACACGCGAUUGCUCGAUGAAGUACCAUUCAGGAAGAUACAUAUAUUUUAUUUCAUUAUGGUCAUCCCAGUGUUUAAAGUGGACAUGGAAGUUUUUUGACCGCGACGAAUCGGCGGCGGGAUCGCUCGUCGGUCAUGGUUAGAUUGGAAGAACGGUGUGGUACACAAGGAGCUUUUCCGCUAUAGGAGCAUGCGUUAGACUUGGCUAGACCAAAACCUUAAUAUAUUCACGGCUGUAAUGCG